UACAAUCACAAUGUCGUCUGCACUAUUGCCUAAGCCACAAAUGCGGCGCCUUUUGGCCAGGCGGAUGAAGUUUCACCUGUUUGGGGCAUUUAUUGUAUCUGUGGGAUGUGCAGCUUUAUACAAGUUUGGAGUUGCUGAUCCCAGAAAACGAGCUUAUGCAGAGUUCUAUAAAAACUAUGAUCCCAUGAAGGACUUUGAAGCCAUGAGAGCAGCUGGUGUGUUUGAGUCUGCACCGCCCAAAUGAUGGUUACCUGCAUUUAGAGAUCCCCUUCAGUCUAAGGAGACCUGAUGACCGAACCUUAUUUGUCCGCUGAAUUGUAAAGUGUCAUGCACUUCAGUGCAUUGCACGCUGUAAUGUAACUCAAUAAAUAAAAUACAUAUGUCAG